AUAUCUAUAGAUAAACAGUUAUAUACAUAUAUAUUUAUACAUGUACUAUAACCCUGGUUUUCGAGUUUUAAAUCUUAUUUUUCUUUUAUACGAUUUUAAACAUGUCUGUACUUUUUGUUUUACUUUUGGUGUUCAUAUUAUCAUAUCGAAAACCUUAACCGUCUCGCGUUUUCACCUUGUUCUCGCCACGAUAUGGCUGAAAUAUUGCCGAUGUGGCGUUAAGCCAUAAUCAUUCAUUCAUUCAUUCUUAAAAAGAAUGUCGGGUAGGAUAAAAUUUUUGCGACCCAUCACCUUGCCCGAAGUUGAAAAAAUUUCCAAACAUGGCAAACGUUGAUAUGAGUUGUCCGAUUCGAACAUUUAAACGGCUGGAUUGCUGUUGAAAGAUGGUUUACCAAUGCUGGCUUUCACAUUUUAGCCUACAUUUCGGGUGUUUUAGGAAAUCAGCGAAUACAAUAAAAAUAAGGUAAGGCUCGAGCCGGGUUUUUUUUAGUGAAAUUAUCCGCGUGGAAGUCUAUAUAACCAGAGUUGUACGUAACGGUAGGAAUGUCCAGCUUAGCUUAUGGGCUAAAGCAAGCCUCAGCCCUCUCCUCACCCUCCAGUUAAGGCUUACCCUAUACUAGCUGCGCUACCCGCCUCUCCAUUGCCUCCUAAGGUCCCGCAUACGGAUAUUAUAAAGCUGAAAGUUAAAAAGAAAGCAGAGAAAAAAGGGUUUUAUGAAUAAAACACAAGGACACUAAUUUCAAAUCGCCAAACAGGUGCCGGAUCAAAUGCACCCAGUGACCUUUAUACGAAUGUAACUCUUAUGUGUGUGAGGAGAAAAAAGUCCCAGGCAUGAAACUGACAAGUCGCAGAUUUGUGUGUGUCAGUGUGUGUUCGAAACAUCGGCUUCAAAAAGUAUGUGUCGCUUUGGCCUGACGUGAGAUGUCAGUGACUGGGAUUAAUGUUUUAGCUUUUCAGCUUAACCCUUGUUCAAAAUUUUUGGUGGUUUUGGCGAUAUCCUGGACGUAUGUAGUGGUAGUUGCGAAGUGGCUUAGUGAAUUAGACUUAGUAUUCCUAGCUUUGAGCGUUGGGUUCGUCGAUAAGACCAAUAGGAGGUGAUAAAUGGAAUGGAGCUAAAUGGGCUAAAUGCUGAUUUUUGUCGAAUUCAAAAGGUUAAAAUAACUAUAGGACAAUGGUCCUAUAUUUCAGCAAAUUUUUAUUUCUGAUCAUCAGGAUACAUGAAAAAGUCACAUAAAUAGCUGCUAGGCCCCUAAAUAUACACAGUUCAGUAACGCAAACAAGCAGUAGGCCUACAACUAGAAGGUUUGACCAGCGUAACCAGUCUUAUACACUUUCUUUGUGUAACUGAGUUGUAUACAUCAGCUAAUUAUGUGAAAUUUUUACAUAUCCUGAAGAUGACAAAUAAAAUUUUUGUUGAAUUAUGAAAUGUGAGAUAUGCAACUUUUCAGGGUUUUUUUCAGAGUAUCUAAUCUUCUGCAUUACGUUAAUGUCAACUUAGCCAGUGCUACAUGCUUCAUUUCGUUAACUUGUAUGCUAAUAGGCGGCUAAUUCUGGUUUUAGUAAGUGGUACACCACAAUAUUUUGCUUAGCAUGAUAUGCCAGCCUAAAGACUAGGUGUCGAGCAAGGUAAGGAUGUAGGGAAUAAAUUUACACAGAUAAAGCUGGUCGACAAAUUAUAUAUCAUGUUGGCACCAGGAGUGUUGUUUCUGAUUCCACCUGGAAUAUUUCAUUAUUCCAUAUCUAAACAUCUCCAACUUUUUCCAUGAUGUCGUCUAUGGCAUACAGAUUCUGAAUAUAAAUAGAAUUAAUUCUGAAAACAAUAAUUUUAUGUUUGUUCUGCAAAAAUUCACUUACACAGCUACUGGCUUGCUUGUCCAUGUGGACAGGUGAAAUAGAGAAUAAGCUGAAUUUGGAGUCCUUGCUUUUGGCAUUAUUACCAUGGGAGAGAUACAUGUACAUGUAGGAAAAAAUGAUAGCUAGUCCCCCUGCUCAAACAAAGUGACCUUACAACAUGAAAAAAGGCUGCUUGGACACAUUCACAUUCCUACUGCAGAAUAUGGUACAGAUCAAAACAUGCAAGUAAUAUCACAGCCACUACUUAACUUAUUUCAGUCUAAAUCCUCACCCCCAGAAGUAAGAUGUGUCUGUUGUUCUUAAGCCUGGAUGAGAACCCCACCCCCAGGAGAUACCCUGUGGUGAUUGCUAACAACAGAGAUGAGCUGUGGGACAGGCCAACUAAGCUGGCUGACUUCUGGCCUUCCCACCAAGACUGUAUCAGUGGUCUGGAUGAAGAACCAGGCAAAGAAGGAGGUACCUGGCUAGGAUUGUCAAAAACGGGGCAUUUUGCAUCGCUGUUGAAUAUUCUCUCAAGUCAGAAUGACCCUAACAAGAAGGGUAGAGGUCAUCUAGUCACGAAUUGCCUAACAUCCUCAAAUGACCAGCAGUCAUACCUGAGGUCUGUUUUCUCAGAGGCGGACCAGUAUAAUGGUUUUAACCUGGUUGCUUUACACAUAAGAGCUGGUUGGAAGUACACUUUGACAUUCCUGUCCAGCUGGACCCAGUAUUAUGACAAGCUGUUGGACAUUACACCUCAAGGUUAUCACGGUUUUGGAAACUGUAGACACAAGCCUGCGUGGAAAAAAGUGGAAGUUGGAAAAGCUGCCUUCAAAAAAAUAGUGGAAGCAAAUGGAACAACUGACAAGAAGGAGAAGCUGUUGGAGGAGUUAUUUCAGCUAUUGUCAGACAAGUCAAAACACCUUCCAGAUGAGCAGCUGGACAAUGAGGGUAAAAAUUUACCUGAAGAUCUCAGACAACAGCUGGCCGCCAUUAAUGUCUGGUCCCCUGCUAACAGAUAUGGCACCAGAACGAUGACAGUCAUACUGAUAGAUUCAGAUGGAAAUGCAGAAUACAUCGAAAAAACUCUAAAGACGCCUGUGGAAGCAGAAUCUAUCCAGUGGAUAACUUCACGGCACAGCUUCAAGAUGCAACUGGACUCAUAAUGAUAGACUAUCAAAAGGAAGUUUUAACUCAAUAAUUUGUCCAUGAUGAGUAAGCUAUGCAAGUCUAUAUAUAUCCAUGAAUAUAUUUUAAGUUUCCAGAAAGCUCAUAGUCCCCUUCAAAGGGUAGUAACUCUGUCUUGUGAAACAAAAAAGCCGUUUCUGAUGAUCAAAUUGAAGUCAUUACUAGCAGUAUCGGGUAACCAUAUCUGCAUUCCAAAAGGCUGCUUUGCUGAGAGAGAUGUGAAUGUGUUCUGGCUCAAAACUGCUCACAGUUGAUACUAAAUAACCCCAUAAGUUAUUGUAAUCAUAUUAUAUCCUAAAUGACCUAUAGUUUCGUUCAUGACUAAGUUGCUCAUUUUUCCAGAUUCUGGGAAUUUUAUUGAUUUUAGAAAGAUGCUUUGUGAGAUGUUUGGAUGGUAGGAUGAUAUCCAACUGGGAAAAUGUAAAUUUAUCAUCAGAAGUAAUACCUUAUGCAUUUAUUUGUCUCCAAAAAUGCUCUUUUGUGGUCAGACUUUUAGGUUACUUAAGGUACAUACUUUCUGUCGACAUUUGGUUUUGAGGUUCUGCAGCAUUCACCAAAACAACAGUUAGAUGUUCCUUUGUCCUGUGACAUCAUUUCAUAGCUCUAUUAGGUUAUUUCAGGAAAUUUAGACAAAGAAGAAAAAAAUUUCAAAAAUGGUAUAAUUGACCUGCAUAAAAUUUUAUGACACUGGUGAAACAGAGCGAAUCCACAAUUCUGCUGUGCCAUUGCAAGAAAAGUAUGUAUUCCAUGGCAUAUCUAUCCUUGUCUCUCCAAGUUUUUAAGUUUUAAAUUAUUAUAACAAUAACAUGAUAUAUUAAAUAUGUUUUUUAUUUUUUUUUUAGCCUAAUAUGAAUGAUGAACCAUUUUAUGUGUGCUGUUGGUUAGUAUCUCGACCUGUAAGGUGGGCUGUUUUUUGAGGCAGUUAUAAGACAUUUCUGCCUGCCGGUACCAUGUUUAAUAUACUUAGUCAUCUCAUUCUUUUGUAAUGUAAAAAAUACUCAAAUUUUCGAUUAUAGGAUAGCAAUAAGUUCUGUGGGUUGAGGAAUCCAGAGUGCUGAAGGUAAACCACCUACAUUUAGCAAGUUACAGAUGAACUUCCCACGUGUGACUUAACGAAUUGCACACCCUAUUAAUUUUAUGGAAGACAUUAGUGAUCUUCAACAAAGAAGAGUAUGCAAAUUGCCUCAACAGCGUCAUUGACAGCUGAUAUUCACUAUGGCCCCAUAAAAUAUUCUUUGGCGUAAAACACCAAUCAAAUAAAUCAAAUCAUAAUUUUCUGUGUGCUCACAAAUUUUCAUCGCUAAGACAGGACAACACAACUUCGGCCCAGUUACUUCAGGCGGGAAGCUCUAUUGUGCUGGAGUUCAAUCAUUGUUUGAAUAUCGUUUGAAUUCCAAACUUAGUGUGACGGGCCUACCAGCAAGGGAUUUGAGUUAGCAAACUCUGGGUUCUGAGUGCACUCUUCUACCACUAAAGGGAAAUUUCCUCCAGCCUGGAGGUAGAUAGCGUUUAUAUAUCACCCUGUUGCACAUCAUCAUAUGACUGAGAAAUUGUUAAGUAGGAUGUUAAACCCCAAGCACUUGCUCACUUACCGUUACAUUAGACAGAUAAUUUUCAAGAUUCAUGCAGCCUCUACUGUAGAUGUUUGAAGCAGUUUGUGUGGUCUUGCAUGAAUUUUGUCAAUAGCUUGCAUUUCACCAGUAUGGUAUUGAGGUGGCUCAUUGGGUAAAGCCUUGGAGUCAACAUCGGGUAGUUUAUAACAGAGGUCAGUGGUAUGUGUUCAGUUCAGGCUUUCCAGUUUCUUACAUCAAUGAAAUUGUCUAGCAUUAAAAGAGUGAAAUACUUAUCAAAUCCAUACAUAUACAUGUAGUUUUAUCUCUAUAUAUGCUUGUUACCCAUAGAUGAUAAUUGUUGUUAUUGUUUUUUUUUUUUUUAAGAUACACAUGUAUGACCCGAUCGUCUUGUACUUUGUAUAUUGAUCAUUUAUUCCAAGAGCAUCACACUUAUGAAAAUAAAUGGAAGUCAUUGUUAAACAUUGAAAUGUGACAUGCAUGUAUGUUAGUGUGGCCGCUGCAGGUGUGUUAGUGUGGACAUCGCAGGUAUGCUAGCGUGGACGUUGCAGGUGUGUUUGUGUGGACGUUGCAGGUGUGUU